GCGGCCAGUCUGCCUCGCACUCCCGCAGAGUAAGGUUGUGUUUCGUAGUCCCGGUCAGUGACAGUGUAGUGCUUUGAACAGUUGCUGAACAGUUAGCCGCCAGGUCGUCGACCGCGCGAGCAUGAAUGUUCGCUCGCCUGCCCUCGUACAGCUUUGACCGAAACCCACCAGGUCGACAUCCGGGCCAUGCGGGGGUGGUGCGCGCGUUGGAGCGGCUCGGGGCGCGCGCGGCUGCGCUGGCUGGCCGCUCUCGUGUGCUGGGGGGGGCUGGUGGCGCUCGCGCUGCCCCGCCUGCAGCAGGCCCCCCCGCGCACUCGCCCCGCGCCCCCCGCCCGCCUGCUGCUCCAGUCCGAAGCCGCCUCGACUCCCGCUCCGCUCCCCUCCACACAGAACCCCGCAAAACCCGCCACAGACACAAGAGUCCUCACCGAAGACGAGCUUCGAGCUGACGCGGAACGCCGACUCCCUUCUCUCCCCCUCGCGUACUGGCACAAGCAUAAAAACGACAAGAACAAGUUCUACAAGAAGAAAGAUUGCGCCCCGUUCCCGUCUAUUUACGACCUCGAAUUCCAUAAUACGUACUGGCAGACUUUGCGUGCGAAAACUGACGUCUUUCACUUCUAUGGAGCAUACCUUGACGCGAGGAAUUCCUCUCGCAUUGGACCAGCGGUCAGAGUACUGGGAGUGCAUGAUCGCAUCAAACCCACCAUCACGACUCAUUGCCAGCUGUGGUUUGAAGAACGCGAAGCGCCUGUCGUUGUACGAAAUCUCGAAUACAAAUACGUUUGGAACAGCAAAUGGGGUAACUACCGAGAUGGUGUUCUCCAACCUUACUUGCUAGCUUGCGUCCUGCCAGCAGAAGUGCGCCACUUGGUUCCCGCUUCGGUGUCCAUCGUCUCCGACCCUUGCGACAGAGCUACGAAUAACUUAAGGGUACAUUACGACCGACCUAAACCACCAGCGGUUCAAAAAGAGUUCGCCGUCUGUGUAAAAGGCCUCGACUUUCUCCACGAGGAUCUGUCGGUGCGACUUGUAGAAUGGAUCGAAAUCAUUCGUCUUCUGGGAGCUGACAAGAUCUUCUUCUACGAACUCCAAAUACAUCCGAAUAUUACGAAGGUUUUGAAUUACUACAACGAUCUCGGUGUAACUGAACUGACGCCCAUUACUUUACCGGGCGGACAGCCGAACCUACCAGGUCUGCAGCACAUGUAUCUCAAGAAAAAAACGACUCACAAGCGACAAAUGGAAUUGAUUCCUUACAACGACUGUUUAUACCGACAUAUGUAUCAGUACAAGUGGUUAGCGCUGCUAGACAUCGACGAGGUUAUAGUUCCGUUGGAAGACAACGACUGGAGUUCCUUAAUGAAGCGAAUACUGCCUCUGUCCACGCCAGCAGCAGGGAAGCCACCCCGCUCGUCUUACCACGCCUCGAAUCUGUACUACCUCGAUUCAUUGCAACAUGAGCACGCUUGGGAAGAAGGGAUACCUCGGUAUCUUCACAUGUUGCAGCACGUCUAUCGCACGCGGAAUUUCACGAAGCCAGGACAAUACGUCAAGGCUUUCCACGAGACGGAACGCGUACUGGCCCUUCACAACCACUUCCCACUCGCUUGUCUGGGCGGAGCGUGUUCGUCGUACGCGAUAGAGACGCAACACGCGCGACUGCAACACUAUCGCGCCGACUGCGUCACGGCGCUGAGUAAAACAUGCGCGGAGCUCCGCCAGCAGCCCGUGCGCGACACAGCGCUGUGGCGCUGGCGAACUCCUCUGAUACAAGCGGCCGAUGCAGCGCUGACAGCGCUAGGUUUUCUACCUCCACACCGGUGACCAAAAUCUUGCGCGUCCUCUGCAUAUACGCUUAGUUCUUUAAAUCUUUUAAAUGCUAGCAUUAAACGUAUUUCUGUAGAUUCCUCGAGGUUUUAUUUUAAUGGUCUAGGUAAUAAGUCGUGGACAUGGUUUUAUAGAGAUUGUAGUUGCCAUCGGCCCACUGCUGUCGUAUAGUCGUCAGCUACUCAAUCUCUCGGCGACAUCAGUCGCUAGUGCGAUUAUAUUACAGUUGCCCAGAGGUUGAGUAUCCGAAUUGUCGAUAGUACGAAAUAGACCUUAAUUAGUAGCAGAGGUUAUAGAUAAAUUUGUCGAAAAAAAUGGUUGCUCAAAAUGAUUUCCUAUGAUGAGUCAGUAAGGGGUAUUUUUAAGUUAUAAUUCGCUUUUGUAUAGUUGAAUAUAGAUGACUGAUGAUAGUGUCUUAGAUGGAACAUGCUGGCUUGGACUAGCUUACAAUAUCGGCUAAAGGUGAUCGCGUAUUUAUAUUUCACGAUGUUAUCCAGUUGUUUUUUUUUUUUAAUAACGUACAUAAUUAUGCCUAUUACGGGCAUUUUUUGUUUUUAUGUAUGUACAACGAUUUUUAGAAGAAUUAUUGACCGAUUUAAAAAAUAUUUACUGUAUUGAGAGACGUGAGAGUUUUCUAUUUAAAGGUUUAAAGAUUCAUGUACUAUGGUUGAUUGCCAAUUUAAAUGUUUACAAAAAUACGAUGUUUUUACAAAUACGACGAGUCCUGUUGGUAUAAGUAAUGAGUAUCGCACUCCUAAACCUCAUUCGUGAUAAUUGUAUGCAUUUUGCAUGUCGUAAGAUUAUGGUCAAGCGCGAACCCUGUGUAUUACUGAUACCUAGUAGUAAAAAAAUGUGACAUAUUAUCAUGUCGAGAGACACGAAUUACGCACGCCGGUGUAAUAUCCUAGUUAUAUUAGUUAAAGUGUUUGUAUGUAUACACGAAUAAUUAUAAUGAAACUAUUAUCGAUAAAUCGAAAUUUAUAAUAGAAAAGACUAUUUGCAUUUUAUACAUAUACUUUUUAUGUACAUAACGAGUGUUGUUUGAACAAAUAAAAUUGUAAAUAAUUUUA